AGAUGUCGAAGCUGGCGUCCAGGUAGGACUCCCUGCGCUUGCGGCGGCUCAUAUGCUCGCUCGGGCCGUGUGCGAUUGCAGCGUCAAGGCAUCACUCCUCCUCCUCGUCGCGUCGUCGCCGCUGUCACCUGUUGCGUUGCCCAAAGUCGACGACAUUUUGAGCUUCACAGACGACAAUGAGGCUCACGUUCAGCACCAUCCUCCUCGCUCUCGGCACAGUGCUGCUUGCAACAAGCCAGACUGCAGCUCAGAAAGGCCCCAAAAUUACCAGCAAAGUCUUCUUCGACAUCAAGCAAGGCGACAAGGAUCUGGGUCGCAUCGUCAUCGGACUGUAUGGCAAGACAGUCCCCAAGACCGCUGAGAACUUCAGAGCGCUCGCGACCGGCGAGAAGGGCUAUGGAUACGAGGGGUCCAUCUUUCAUCGUGUGAUCAAGCAGUUCAUGAUCCAGGGAGGUGACUUUACCAACUUUGACGGCACGGGCGGCAAGAGUAUCUAUGGUAACAAGUUCCCCGACGAGAACUUCAAGCUGCGUCACACUGGCCCGGGCGUACUCUCAAUGGCCAACUCGGGCAAGGACACCAACGGCUCACAAUUUUUCAUCACUACCGUCACGACAUCUUGGCUAGAUGGCAAGCAUGUCGUCUUCGGCCGAGUCAUUGAGGGAAUGGACGUCGUCACCGCAGUCGAGAACACGUCCAAGGAUGGCCGCGAUCGCCCACUGGAGAAGAUUGUCAUCGCCAAAAGCGGAGAGCUGCCUUCAGACGCAGAGCCUGAAGAAGCCGUCGUCGACAGCGGCGAAACCAAUCAGAUCCCUCUGCGUGCCGAUCUUUGACUAUCGCGUGUCAUGCGAUGGCAGGCCGCCAUCUUCUAGAGCGCUUGCUCCAGCUAGCCGGUUAGCAGAGAGCAUACACAAAAAGAAAAAGUACUUCGAUGCAGAUGUCAUUAACGCGAUCGAGAUCACGAAAGAGCGCGCGCGUC